GAAGUAGAAAAAUAGAAUUAAAUUAGAAGUUAGAAAUUAGAAUAGCGAAUUUAACACAAUCAGAGUAAACAGAUAUCAUGAGUUCAAAUCAAAAUAUAAGGAAUAUAAACAUAAGGAACAACAAAAUGACAAGCUAUGAGGCUCACAGAUGAGUAACUAAGGAUGGUUACCAAAAACAAACGAAAUAAAAACAAUAGAUGAAGUUUCAAAUUCAAGGUCUAGUUUCAAGAUUCAAUUUUUCUGACUAAUUAUAAAAAUUGUUGAAUAAAUUAUGGCCAGUUCAAAACCGAUUGAGCUAUAUAAAUUUGAUCCUCUUUGGCAAGAUCGUGAUUUACGUUUUGAUGCUACAGCCAAGGAAUUGAGUCUACGCAAAGGUGAGAAAAAUUUGUAUCGUUAUGAUCGAAUUGAAGAUACAAAAGGUAAUGCAGGUGAUGAGGGUCGAUUGACUAUUACAAAUUUGCGAAUCAUUUGGCAAUCCAAGUCCAAACCAAGGAUUAAUUUGACCAUCGGAUUAAAUUGCGUUAUAUCCAUAACAAGCCGUAAUUUGCACAAUAAAUUACGAGGACGGUAUACAGCUCUUCAUAUUAUGGCUAAAAUCAAUGGGACCAGAUAUGAAUUUGUGUUUACACCAUUGGAAGAUAAAGAAUCAGUUGGAGUCGAUCCAGGUCCAUCGGCAAGUUUAAUAUUUAGUAAACCUGAUUCAGCAGUAAGUGAAUCUUCAAAUGAUACUACAACUGGAAUGAAUCCACGAUUUUGUAACAUUGGAUCAGAAAUAACGAUGACAGUGAGUCGUGUUUGUAAAGCGUAUUUGUGUACAAAAUUAUUUCGUGAUUUGAAACUUAGGUCAGCUAUUUUCACGGCUCAAGGUAAACAGCUCAAAAUAUUGUCAUCUGAACAGAUUUACAAUAAAUUUCAAGGAGUUUGGAAUCUUUCGUCUGAUCAGGGAAAUCUUGGUACAAUGCAUGUAACCAAUUUACGGAUCGUUUGGCAUGCAAAUGUCAAUGAAUUAUUCAAUUUGUCGCUGCCAUACAUUCAAGUUUCAUCCAUAAGAGUCCGUGAAUCCAAAUUUGGUCCUGCCUUGGUUAUUGAAUCUAGUGACAGUUCAGGAGGAUAUGUUCUUGGCUUUCGAAUUGAUCCACUCCAAAGACUUAUCUCAGUUUAUAAUGAACUAUGCAAUUUGUACAAUGUUCAUGUAACUAAUCCAAAUUAUGGUGUUGAAACUUUUCUUGCCAUGGAGAUGGGUUUAUCAAGCUUUGAUGGAGGAAGGGGCAGCAGUUCCUCGAGUGAUUCCAAAUUGGAAGAUGAUUUGAUUAAUACAGAUUAUAUAGAUGAAGGUAAUGAAUUGAAUCCUGAUGUGAUUGCUUCUUACUUGGAAGAUGAUUCGCAAGUAAUUGCUAAAGAUGCUGAACCAAUCUUCUGUCCUCAAUUAGGAUUGGCAAUUGAAAAAAUUAAAGACGGUUAUACUCUUGAAUCUCUUUGGAAUGUAAUACCUCAAGGAUCAUAAUCAUCAAGAUUGUAAUUUUGUAUGAACUAAAAUGAUAAAGAAGCCUAAAUAAAUUCAAUCUAACCUUUCGUGUUUGAAUCUAAUUGAAGAGGUGAAAAUAAGAUUAUUAAUUAGUGUUAUACUAA